AUGCCUACUGUGUACUCUUGGAGAUUAAAAUAUUACUGCGAGUGCCACUCAAUCCACCGAGUGUCACUCGUGCCUGCCCUGUGGGACUUGUCGGCGCAGCAGCGCCUGCGCGCUCUGUCAAUUUUACUCAGCGCCCGCGCCUUGGGUCCGCCGCGGUUUCCCGCGGUACUCGAGUCCGGCCCCAGGCGCCUAACACUAUUUUAUCCGCCGCUCCUUUCAGUGCGUCGUCCACAAUGUUAUUUUAUUGGCGUGUCGACCCUGAUUUCUGUCGACAGGACAUUGGUCCCCGUCAGCCUCGCUGACUUGGGAACUCUUUUGCGCCUCGUUUUCCUUGGCAUUUGUUUUAAUCGUUGCUCUUUUCGUUAUUAUGACUUGCUUAGUUAUUCCUUGUGCGGUUUUUGCGAUUUCCUGGUCUCAUUUCCUCCUGGCCACCGCCAAAUAUCAGUAAUUAAACUUGCACCAACUGUUAGGCUACGUGCUGUCACCACCCCUAGUCACUGGCCACUGACCGGUCGCUACUACCCAGUCGUGUCCAGUUCCUGCCGGUUAUCUCCUAUGGCGUCCGGUGCCUACGUACCACGUAUAGACUGGUGCCUACGUACCGCGUAUAGACUGGUGCCUACGUACCGCGUAUAG